AUCACAUGCGACGGCACCAUUCAAACACGCACAAACAUCUAUCGUUGCCUCCCCCCUCCCGCCGCUGUGCCAAGAUGUCCCAGAGUUCCUCGGCGGCGAGACGCACCCGGGCAGUUCCACCACCGCUGCCAUUGAUCAUGUGCCCAGCGUGCACGGGGACGAGGACCAGGUGGUUUGUGUCCGGGACGGACCGUAACCCGGGCAUCCGUUUCUACAAGUGCCCGAACCAGGCAGACGGAGGCCCUUGCGAUUUUUGGCUGUGGGAGGACCAGUACGCGUUCUACAUCAUCGGGGUUGGCAUCAAACUCCUCAUAGAGGCUGCCGGAGGCGGAAGCAACAUCAUGUUCGGGAUGGGCCGCGCCAUGGACGACAUACGCAUCGCAGCUAGGAACACGAUGAUGAUAUGCAUGCUAAUGCUUUUCGUCAUGCUUUCGAAGGCGGCCGGCUGGCAGUAAAUACCACUGUGGUGCCCCCCCCCUCACGUGUGUCGAAAUCUUUGCCUGAUGAAGGGAUUUAGAAAUCCUGCCGCUACAGUUUAAAUUAUUACCUGUAGCACUUAUGUUUUCCAGAGCGCGGGGCAGUCCGCCCAUGUGUAAUCUUGUUCGUUAAUUAGAAUUCAUCAAGCAGGUAAAGUAAACACGGGGGGACGUGUACCGCGCUCCCACCCUAGACGAGACAUAAAUUGCAACGACCGCACGGUCAAAAAACAGACCCAACAGGUCGUACGUGGGGUCAGCUGCUUGAGCGGUCAAACUCAAUCCACCCCCACCCACGCCCUGCCGUAAAUAAUCAAAACUCUGUACCCACACGCUGGGCCACCCCUCGCAUGCGCACAUACACUGCAGAUCGACGGCAGUCUCCAUCACUAGAACAGAGCAAUCGAGGAUCUCGUCGGUGCCUUCAGACGACGGAGCAGGCUGGUAUUCGCCGCGCAGCGAGGUUUUCCCACAGCUAGAUGGAAGAAGAAGAACAACAUCUCAGGCGGGAGAUACAGACCCCGCCCACCAUGGAAAGAGAUGGAGAGCAGCUGGUAGGAGAAGGAGAAGCAGCAGCUCCGUCGGGAUCAACAAGCAGUUCAACUAAACACACACCUAGGAUAGCUAUUCAGAAAGUAAUAGAGGUGGUAGCCGGACUGUCAGAUUACAAAAGAUUCCUAGUUGAGGAGAUUGGAUUUGAGGGUGUACUGCGUAUUCCCAUGAUCCAGAAAAUCAAUCUGAAGUUUAGCAAGUUCCUCAUGACAAAGGUGGAUGUGGAAGAGCACUGCAUCAUCCUGUGAGAUGGCGGAACUCCAAUUCCAUUCUAUCCAGAGGAUUUUCACAAAGUGUUUGGCAUCCCAUGCGGGCAGCGAGACAUCCAUGGAAAAGAUGCAGACACCACACCUGAAGCAAUCGAGGUCAUUAGGAACUCUAUAGGGGGACUGAUAAAUCUGAUCGCAGCUUAAGCUCGCUUGAAGUGUUCAUCGGCAAGGAAAUAAAUGAACUGUCCAGCCGAUUGGAGAAGGAUUCCUUCAAGAUGGCGUUUGUUGUCUUUGUGAUGGGAAAUCUGUUCGCGCCGUGCACCAGGCAUGAUCACUCAACCAUCGACUACUGGGGCGCCAUCAAGGAUGCAGAAAACAUCGCCCUCUUCAAUUGGUGCAAAUAUUCAGUCAAUUUUUUACUUGAAGCAGUCCGCAAACUAAAGUUAGAAAUUGAUGCAAACAUAACACCCAACCACCUCUAUGGGUGUCACCUCUUCCUGCAGGUGUUCGUACUAGACAAUGUUGAACUUGGCAUCAUGAACUUAAAGCAAACAACAAUUCCACGAAUACAUUUAUUCGACGGGGAGACACUGAAACGGAUGAUCCUCGUGUGCUCAGCAAGGAAGCUAGGCAAAACCAUCUUCAUAGCCCCUGAGGCAAGACGUUGGAAUGCCAUGUGCUACACAUGGCACAACUACAUAAACGAGAAGCAUGCCAAGAAGAAAUCAAUGGACCACAAGGCUGAAGGAUCGGCAAACAAGUACGCACUUGUCAUACACAACGCAGACAACAUUCGACAGGGAGACUACAUCAACACUGACACAGCCAUAAGUAACCUUGCACACACACAUGGAAGCAACGUCGAAUUCAGCCCCGGCGACUACGCUCGGUGGAUCCAGAUGCAAAACCCAGAGUUGGCCGCUUCUCCAUUAGGAUGGGCACUGAAACAGCACAAUGCCAAAUGUGUGCAUAUCGCAAACGAAAUGAAAAGGAACAUUGCACGUGAGAACAUUCGAUUCACAAAAAAACUGCUCCAAGUUUAUUCCAACAGACCCAACACGGGAACACCCGCACCCAAUGCUUCUUAUCGCGCUGCCGGAACAACGAAAGGUGUCGACGGCUCAGGCCAACACAAUGUAGAAGCACCGAGCAGACUUGCCAAGCACAUAGUGGGAAGAAGACUGGAGUUGUCAUCUCCAUCCCCAACUCCCGUUAAAUAUGCCAAACCAGUGGUCUUGCCCACCGCCGACCAAUUGUCUACAACACCCACCAGGGGGAAAAACGGCGAACGACAGACAGCGCGCCAGACGCACCACCAUUUGAACUGGACAUCGAUGGCCACAACGAAGCCAGUACGCCUAUCAAGAACGAUGGUAAGGCAACUGCAAUUUCACCUACCUUGGCGACAAAGACGUACUCAGACCAACUAGUAGGGCAGCUCAUGAUGCUGAACGAUGAGAUCGGAGACACCGAGGGGCACAUUGUCUUUGGUCAAGUUAAUGUCGCGGCUGUAACAAAGAUCAAAGUUGCUCACACCCGGUUCACAAAAGACCCAUGGUCCAGUAACAGGAUGGUUCGCAGACACGGCGCAGGGGUCUUGAAAGCCAUCAGAGAAUGGAUGCGGUCAAGAACACCCUAUGAUCUAGCAAGGGAUUGGGUCUCACGCCCCGACCCACGGAUCAUUGCAGUCAGCGGCAAUGCCAUCAAGUCACAAAUAUGCGACGGUUCCGAACUUGACCACGAGUUGGGGUCCCUGAUCUUUCGUCGAAUUGGCCAGAUGGAGUCACAUGCGCACCGUGGCAGCCCCGACGAGCAAUACCGGUUGCUUAUCGAGCCCGAUUUUGCGUGUCAUGCCAUUGCAGGGGAGAACACCACAAGAAUCAUGUCAAUACAAAAAUAAUUCACUGGAGCUGAAGUGAGGUGCAACAUCGCAAACUGUCGGAUGGUUACGAUCCCAGCCGUCAUGCAACACGGGUGGUGCUGCUUCAAUUGGGACGUGAUGGCCCAUGUUAUAACCAUCAUGGACCCAAUGUUAUACCAGACGGAGGACACGUCACGCAAAACUUGCCUUAUGUACGCGGCCGAGAAGAUACAUGACGCCCUUUUCAAUUGCAUCGAAGAAUUCUUCACCGAGUGGCACUGCAGCAGACUUUCAUGGACGAAGAAGACACCUCUACUAUCCACUACAACAUUCACAAGGGCCGAGAGUGUCCUGUGUGUCGCCCACUUACUAAGACACUUCAAUGGGAAUUCACUGGCAAAACCUCUUACAAGGACAGCUAUUGCCAACGAAAGGGACUCACUCCUCAUCGAGCUGAUCCACAUGGAAGGCAACACCGCCCCCCUGCAGCUGGAAGGACUAGACGUUGUCGCCAACGCGCUGAACGAGUUGAUGAAAGACUCAGGGGUUUAGUCGCAGUUCAAAGUGUUAUUUACAAUGUAUCUAGGAGGGUUCUGGGAAACAAAGCAGCACCAUUGUCGCGAAUUACUUAUCUAAUUUUAACCACAUUAUGUAA